AUGUCGAGCAUCCCGGAAGAGCUAAUUGACGACAUUCUUUCCCAGUUACGCGUCAAACCCUUAUUACGUUUCCAGUGCGUUUCCAAGUCAUGGAACGCCCUAAUCAGACGCCCAGAUUUCAUCAAGAAGCAUCUCGACCGCUCCAUUCAGACCAAUAAGGAACGCACUCUCAUUGUCAAGGAACGGGACUCCGAUUACCUACUGAAUUACUUCUCGGUGCGUUUACACGACGACGGUCGGUUUGGCAGGGUCGUGAAGAUACACCCGCCACUGCACGACCCAGAUAGGUUCGCCCAAAUCUCGGGCUGUUGCAAUGGCCUGGUUUUUAUCCACGACCUGGACGCAGAGAUCGUGAUUUGGAACCCAUCAAUCAAAAAGUACAAGAAAUUACCCUAUGAGCCUUCACGACCCCCUUCUGGUUUCUACAAAUAUUCGCUGCCUCAUUUAGCCUUCGGACACGACCCGGUUAAUGACGACUACAAGGUUUUGAGGGUUGAGGAAUUCUUAAAACUAAAUCCGCUUUCAAGAGCGUUUGAAGUCAAUAUCUACAGUCUGAGAGCGCAUUCUUGGAGAAGGGUCGAGGACGAAUGGCCUUACCAGGAGUCAUAUAUUUCUCGUUGUGAAAUGGCCUUGAGCUCGAAGUCCUUAAACGGUGCUUUGCACUGGUUGGUUACUCCUUUAACUGAAGGUGCCCGUCUCUCUCGUUGUGAAAUGGCCUUGAGCUCGAAGUCCUUAAACGGUGCUUUGCACUGGUUGGUUACUCCUUUAACUGAAGGUGCCCGUCUCUCGCCAACCAUUGUCGCUUUUGAUCUUGCAAACGAGAAGUUUCGUGUGUUUCCGCAACCAGUUCCAUUGGAGUCAUUGGACCGCAAUGUGAAUAUGGCAUUGGAGGUUUUGGGAGGACGCAUGCUCCUAUGUGUUUGUGUUUGUGAGAAUGCUUCAGUGGGAUUUAAUGACGUCUGGGUGAUGAAGGAGUACGGGGUGGCAAGCUCCUGGACUUGGCUUUAUACCAUUGUGGGUGAUGAAUUGCCUUGGUAUUUUAGUUACUACAAGCCUUUGGUGAUUUCCAAGGAUGGAAACAAGGUUCUGAUGGAGCAGGAUCGCGAGUAUCUCUUUUGGUAUGACAUUAGAAAGAAGAGUGGCAGGAGGUUUAAUAUUAGGGACAUGCUUAGAAAUAAGAGUGGCAGGAGGGAUGGUUUCCCCAGUUGGUUUCAGACAGCUACAUGCGUGGGAAGCCUUGUUCUGCUUCAUGGUUUUAAUGCAUCAAGCCCUCUUGUAUGA